AUGCUCACAGUUACUCCAGGUCAAGCCAAGUUGGUGGCUUAUAUGAUGCCAUUCUCUUUUUUUUUCUGUUUCCUUUUGAAUGAAAAAUCAAAUCCAAGGGUGAGAGACGAAGACAAAAGGAAAAAGGGAACAGUCGGUGCCUUUUCUAUUCAGCCAAGACAGAGGGACAAGGGAGUCGAAGUCGAAUCUACCCGCCGAAAGAUGCCAAUUCCCUUCUUGAAGGAUGAAGAGGAUGAAGUUGGAUAA